UGCAAAUUACUUGAAAGUCAUCUUCUUUCUCUCUUUGGCAUUGUUCCAUCUUUCUUUUUUUCUCUCACAAACAUUACAUUUAAGUUUGUGAGAGGAAGAAAGAGAAGGUUUCAAGCCUCAUUUGCUAAUACAAAGACAAGUUAAAAAAGAAAAAAAAAAAUAUGGGGGCUUGUGCUAGUGUACCAAAGGGAAUGAGGGCUGAGGCAAUGGCAGCUCCUCCACCGGAGCAACCGAAGGAGGAGAACACCACCUCCGCCACCACCACCACCGCACCUGAGGUGGUGGAGGUGACAGAAGGUAGUGACAAUGCCGAGCCAAAGGAGGAUGAGAAGGUGGCUGAAGAGAAAGAUGCUGACAACAAGCACCAAUCUCUAGGAUCUUUGCUCGACGAGAGCGAAGCAGCCAAGGAGUCAGAUAAAGAUGAGAAGAGCUCAGACACUAAUGCUGAAACCAAAGAAUCAAAGGAUGAGGAGCUUCCAAUAUCAGAUGCAGCUGUUGCACAAGCCUCUUCUUAAUAAAAUGCCUACAUUAUUUGUUGGUUCUUCAGAGGCAAGCUCAAAUGUGGUGAAAUGGAAAGAAAACUUAUAGGAACUUUACAUGUUUUUUUGGUGGAUAUAUGUUUAGAAAUAUCUAUAUUUUCCAUGGGAUAUUUCAUAUUGUUGGAGUUCUCUUCUUCUUAUGUUGAAUGCUUUUGUUAGUCUUUCCAAUCACUCGCACAGUACAUUUAAGUCGCCAACUAUCUUUUCUCUCACCAUUCAUCUGUAGUUUUCCAUACACUUAUAGCUACUCUUAUCUGGUUGUAACAUGUUAUAUACCAUAUUUUUCAAAUUACCAA